CCAUCUGCCAUACAUACACACGCACCCAACUGCCGUCACUGUAAGCGCUUUCCAAUCUCUCUCUGUUCACAAUUUAAAAUUUUCAAUUUCUUCUCGUUCUUCUUCUUCGUCUCCUUCUUCUUCUUCUUUCUUAGCUCUGAAAAAUUACAUACAUUAUUUAUAGAUAGAGACACAAAACAACCACCACCGGUGAUUGAUGUUCUCUUCUCUCUGCAUAUUGUGAUUCUCAUGAUCAAUGCGAUUUCUGAUUGAGAUAGUUGUGGUAGAUUUGUGAAUUUUUUGUUUUUAUCUACCUCUCUCUAUAUCUCUCUCUCUCUAGAGCGAGAACGAGUGACAUUCUCUCUCUCUAGAGAGCUAUGGGAGCUUGCGUGUCGUCGCCCGAAGGUUGCGUAAGGGUUCGAUUAAGUUCGUCGAAGAAGAAGUGGUGUCGGAAGAGAAAAAAAUCAAUUCAGCCAAGAGUUUCGUCUCGCUUCUCUCAUGGAUCGCCUGGCCGGGUCGAUAAGCCCUCUCCUCUUGAUCGCUCCUACCACAAUCCCACUUUUCAUGUUGCAGGGAGUAAUGAGGAGGCAUGGUUUGAUUCUGUUAUGGUACUUGAGUCUGACUGUGAUGAGGAUUUCCAGAGUGUGCAGGAUGAUGUUCUAUCUCUGAGUGGUCUUGAAGCUGCAUCAGUAUCAAGUAUUGAUUCUCUUAGAGAAGCUAAUCAUGGAGACUCUACUGUCAAUGCCUCUUCUGCUGAUCAGCUUCAGAGGCCAGGGGACUCGUCAACAGGAAAUUCUGCACACAACUCUGUCAAAGAAGUUGCUAAAAAUUCAACACAUUCGGAUGAUGUUAAUGGCAAACCAAAAUCUGUAGAACCUCUAAAUGAAGAAAGGCAACCUGUGUUCCGGGAUGAGGUGUCCUCAACGGAUGAAGGUGCUGGCAGGGAGGGACUGUUGGAUAAUUGUGGAAUUCUUCCAAACAACUGUCUUCCUUGUCUUGCUUCUACUGUUCCAUCAAUUGACAAGAGAAGGUCAUUGACCUGUAGUCCACCAAGUGCAAAGAAAAAGGGUACCUUAAAACUUUCCUUCAAAUGGAGGGAAGGACAUCCUAGUGCUGCUUUACUUUCUUCGAAGAUGCUUCUGCAAAGACCGAUAGCUGGUUCUCAAGUACCAUUUUGCCCAGUAGACAAGAAGAUGUUUGAUUCUUGGUCACAUAUUGAACCAAAUACAUUCAAAGUUCGGGGCGAGAACUAUUUUAGGGAUAAAAAGAAGGAUUUUGCUCCUAAUUAUGCCGCAUAUUAUCCAUUUGGAGUUGAUGUAUUCUUGUCUCCCCAGAAAAUUGAUCAUAUCGCUCGGUUUGUGGAACUUCCUGUUAUUAAUUCUUCUGGAAUACUUCCACCCAUCCUUGUUAUAAAUGCUCAGAUUCCACUUUAUUCUCCUUCUCUUUUCCAGAGUGAAACUGAUGGGGAAGGGAUUAGUAUCGUUUUGUACUUUAAGCUUUCGGAAAGUUACUCUAAGGAACUUUCAUCCAAUUUUCAAGAACACAUCAGAAGGAUAAUUGAUGAUGAAGUAGAAAAAGUCAAAGGUUUUCCUGUAGAUGCAAUUGUACCCUUCCGGGAAAGGUUGAAAAUAUUGGGUCGUGUAGUAAAUGUGGAAGACCUUCAUUUAAGUGCAGCGGAGAGGAAGCUUAUGCACGCUUAUAAUGAAAAACCUGUUCUUUCACGUCCUCAACAUGAAUUCUUCUUGGGAGAAAAUUAUUUAGAGAUUGAUUUGGAUAUGCAUAGAUUCAGUUACAUCUCUAGGAAAGGGUUCGAAGCGUUCCUAGAUAGACUAAAGCUCUGCAUCUUGGAUUUUGGCCUCACAAUUCAGGGGAACAAAGCUGAAGAGUUGCCGGAGCAGAUCCUAUGUUGUGUACGGUUAAAUGGAAUUGAUUAUGUGAAUUAUCAGCAACUGGGAUUGAGUUAGUGUCCCUUUGAAUAAAGUCAACGAACACUAUCAAAAAAAAAAAAAAAGCUGCAAUUGUGCAUGCAUCAGCUUCAACUAACUUGGACGGUCAAUAUUUGUUUAGGUAAGGGGAGAUUUAUGUAUAGAUUCUUAUAAGUAGAUUUAUUAUUUAAUAGGUUAAAGAAUUAAUGACAUUUUUAAUCAAACACUAUUGUGGAGGGUGAUUUUGGGAUACCCUUUUACUCCAAAUAAGUCAUUGGAAGAUCCUUAUUCUGUUAUCUGAAAUAGAAAAAUACUCCGGUCAAGGGUGUCGGAAUUAGUAUUC